AUGUCCAACAGCACCUUCCCCACUGAGUUCCUCCUCCUGCCAUUUGCAGACACGCGCAAGCUGCAGCUCCUGCACUUCGGGCUCUUCCUGGGCAUCUACCUGGCUGCCCUCCUGGGCAACGGCCUCAUCCUCACCGCCGUAGCCUGCGACCAUCGCCUCCACACCCCCAUGUACUUCUUCCUCCUCAACCUCGCCCUCCUCGACCUGGGCUCCAUCUCUACCACUCUCCCUAAAGCCAUGGCCAUUGCUUUGUGGGACACAAGGACCAUCUCCUACUCAGGAUGUGCUGCCCAGGUCUUUUUUCUCUUAUUCUUGCUUGGAGCAGAAUAUUCCCUUCUCACUGUCAUGGCUUAUGACCGCUACGUUGCCAUCUGCAAACCCCUGCACUACGGGACAAUAAUGGACAGCAGAGCUUGUGUCAACAUGGCAGCAGCUGCCUGGGGCAGUACUUUUCUCUAUGCUGUGCUGCACACUGCCAAUACAUUUUCCAUACCACUGUGCCAAGGCAAUGCCCUGGACCAGUUCUUCUGUGAAAUCCCCCAGAUUCUCAGGCUCUCCUGCUCAGAUGCCUACCUCAGGGAACUUUGGGUAAUUGCAGUUAGUCUUUGUUUAGCUUUUGGGUGUUUUGUUUUCAUUGUACUGUCCUAUGUGCAGACCUUUAGGGCUGUGCUGAAGAUGACCUCUGAGCAGGGCCAGCACAAAGCCUUUUCCAUGUGCCUCCCUCACCUGGCCGUGGUCUCCCUGUUCAUCAUCACUGGCACAGUUGCCUACCUGAGGCCCCCCUCCAUCUCCUCCUCAUCCCUGGAUCUGGUGGUGGCAGUUCUGUAUGCAGUAGUGCCUCCAACACUGAACCCCCUCAUCUACAGCAUGAGGAACAAGGAGCUGAAGGAUUCCCUGAAGAAACUGAUUCUGUUGGCAGUACUUCAGCAGGACUAA